GUUUUGUUUACGUCUGCAGCGCUGCAAAAGAGAAGUGUUUUUCGGUGGGUUUUUCGUGAAAAUUCACCCUGGAAAAUGGUGUCAAUUGGCAAGGAGGGUGACUUACUGCUGUUCAAGGGCAGCAACUUCCUCAAGCAGCGCCUCUUGCUGGCCACACUCAGCGGGAAACCCGUGAAGAUCACCAGUAUUCGCAGCUUCGAGAAUCCACCGGGAUUGCGUGAGUACGAAGUAAGUCUCAUCCGUCUGCUGGACAAAAUCACCAACGGGACGCGCAUUGAGCUGAAUGAGACUGGCACGGCCAUCAUCUACGAGCCGGGACUCCUCUUGGGUGGCACGCUGAUGCACGAGUGCAGUCUGCAGCGCUCCAUUGGAUACUACUUGGACGCCCUGCUCGCUCUGGGGCCCUUCUGCAAGUCCCCACUCUGUGUCACGCUCAGAGGAGUGACGAACAGCCACGAGAGUCCCUCGGUGGAUCACAUCUCCUCCUCGGCUGUGCCCAUCCUCAAGCGCUUCCUCAUCGUCGACGAUGGACUGGAGCUGAAGGUGCUGAAGCGCGGAUUGAUGCCGCUGGGCGGUGGCGAGGUACUCUUCAAGUGUCCCGUGCGGAAGAAUCUCCACACUGUGCAGCUCCUCCGAGUGGGCAUGGUGAAGAGAAUCCGUGGCGUGGUGUACGCCUGUCGCGUGUCUCCCGCUCUGGCCAACAGAACUGUCGAGGCAGCCAAAGGCGUCAUGCUGAACUUCCUUCCGGACGUCUAUAUCAACACACACCAAGUGAAGGGCAAAUCCGCUGGAAAUAGCCCAGGAUUCGGGAUAAAUCUCGUGGCUGAGACCACAGAUGGGUGCUUCUAUGCCGCCGAGACAGUGUCGAAUCUCAUCAAGGAUGGAACGACGCCUUCAGUGCCUGAGGAGUUGGGCAAAGAGACUGCCCAGAAGCUCCUGGAGGAGAUUUACCGCGGCGGAUGCGUAGACUCCACGUUCCAGUGGCUCGUCACCCUGUACAUGGCUCUGGGGCAGAAGAACGUGGCCAAGUUCCUCACUGGCCCACUCUCAGACUACACCAUUCACUUCCUGCAGCACCUCAGGGAGUUCUUCUCCAUCACCUUCAAGCUGGAGAAUCACACCGACGCGGAGGAGGAGGAUGAUGAGGCUUCCGAGUCACCAGCAACUGCGCCCAAAAUCCUCAUGACCUGCGUGGGAAUAGGAUAUUCAAACAUAAAUAAACGCAUGAUGUGAAAAAGCCCGCAUGUUUCAUUCUCGUU